GUGCAACGUCGACGUACGCGCCGGGUAACAGUCAAAUUUCGCGGGAGAUAUCUAAGCUAUGCUCUUUUGAAAGAACAAACACCUCUCCAAAAGUAAACGUGCAUUUCAACAAAAUCGCAUUUUUGUCACGAAUAAAAGGCCAAUAAAGGCAGCCAUGUUCUCUGAGGUAAGCGCCCCUCAGGAGGGUUCCUGUUCUCUUCUGUUGUGUCGUCCUGGCUCUGAGGACCAGGAGCCCUCCGUGUUUGACAGGGUCAAGCCGGCAUACUCACCCUGCUCUGAGCGUUUCAAGCUGGGGGAGCGCAGCUUCAACCGCCAGUAUGCGCACAUUUACGCCACACGACUCAUGCAGAUGAGCCCCCUGCUCACGGAGAGGGCCCAGCAGAAAUGGGGUGCAGAUGUACGGAUCAGGAAGUUGUGUGAUCUGCAGAUGGGUGAGCAGUGUUGCAUUGUGGGAACCCUGUUCAAGCACAUGGAACUGCAGCCAUCCAUUCUGAAGGAAAUCAGUGAGGAACACAAUCUGCUGCCCCAGCCUCCGCGCACGAGGUACAUCAGCGAAUCAGAUGAGUUGAUACUGGAGGACGAGCUGCAGAGGAUCAAACUAGAGGGCAAUAUUGAUGUGGACAAGUUUGUCACAGGUAGUGUUAUUGCUAUUUAUGGUGCAGAAAAGAAUGAUGGGAAAUUCACAGUGGAUGAUUUCUGUACUGCUGACCUACCCCCGCAGGCCCCCAGAACCACUCUCAGCUCAGACAGGUUUGUGCUGCUGUUGUCAGGUUUGGGUCUGGGCGGUAGUCAUGCAGACAGUAUGCUGGCUUUACAGCUGCUUGUUGACAUGGUAACGGGUCACCUAGGUGACCAGGGGGAGCAGAGUGGUGCAUCGACAAUCUCUAGGGUUCUACUGGCCGGGAACCUUCUGAGCCAAAGCACACAGGACAAGGACGCAUCCACCAAGGCUAAAUACUUGACUAAGAAAACCCAGGCAGGCACUGUGGAUGCCAUGCGUCUGCUGGAUGAGAUGCUGAUGCAGCUGGUGUCGUCAGUUCCAGUGGAUGUGAUGCCGGGCCAGUAUGAUCCUACUAACUAUACCCUGCCCCAGCAGCCCCUACACCACUGUAUGUUCCCCCUCUCCUCCUCCUACCCCACCCUGCAGCUGGCCUCCAACCCACACCAGGCCACCCUGGAUGGGGUGAGGAUCCUGGGGACAUCAGGGCAGAAUGUGAAAGACAUCCAGAAGUACAGCAGCAUGGACAGUCACCUGGAGAUACUGGAGAAUACACUGAGGCUUAGACACCUCGCCCCUACUGCACCUGACACACUGGGGUGUUAUCCAUUCUACCUGAAGGACCCUUUCAUCCUGGAGGAAUGUCCUCAUGUCUACUUCAGUGGCAACGCCCCCUCCUACCAGGCCAAACGCAUCACCGGUGCUGAAGGUCAGGAAGUCCUCCUGGUGGCUAUUCCAGAGUUCAGCAGCACUCAGACAGCCUGCCUGGUCAACCUCCGGACUCUGGAGUGUGAGCCAAUCCGCUUCUCUUCCUUCUCUGCUGGUGAUGAUGAGGAGAGUGAGAUGAACAUCAGCCACUGAAGGAGCAACACACACUCUUUGUCCUCAGCCCCUUCCCCUGGUCCUCAAAUGGAAUCAGGUUGUACACUAUCAAACAUGUUUUUAAAGUGUCUGCUGAAGUCUCUCAUUGGUUUCUCUUGAUCAGCAAAGAUAUCAGUCAUUAUAUAUAUAUAGUAAAUAUGGAGGAUCAAUGAUGAUGUGCAGUCAUCCCAGUACUGUUUGAGUAGAAGGAAACAUGUUGCUAAUGGAAGGUGUGUGUGAUGGAACGGACUGUCUAAUGAAAGGUGUGUGUGAUGGAACGGACUGUCUAAUGGAAGGUGUGUGUGAUGGAACGGACUGUCUAAUGGAAGGUGUGUGUGAUGGAACAGACUGUCUAAUGAAAGGUGUGUGAUGGAACGGACUGUCUAAUGAAAGGUGUGUGUGAUGGAACGGACUGUCUAAUGAAAGGUGUGUGUGAUGGAACGGACCGUCUAAUGAAAGGUGUGUGUGAUGGAACGGACUGUCUAAUGAAAGGUGUGUGUGAUGGAACAGACUGUCUAAUGAAAGGUGUGUGUGAUGGAACGGACUGUCUAUUGAAAGGUGUGUGUGAUGGAACGGACUGUCUAUUGAAAGGUGUGUGUGAUGGAACAGACUCUUUGUUUGUGUGCCGGUGCCCAGACUCCUGUAUUUGUCAACACACAUGGUUUCCAUUUUAGUACGGUAGAUGACGUCAUGAAGAAGAACAAAACACAAAUGCUGUACGUAAAUGAGCCUUUAUUCAUUGGAAAAAUAACUUUCCUCAGCUACGUUAUGAGGAACAUUUCAGAAAAUCUCUCGAGUUCUCUCAACCUUCAACUAACAUUUUGUGAAGUUAACAUUUUAAUGUCUGUCGGUAUUAUGGUUUUGCUGUCAUGGGUGAAAAUAAUGUAAAUAAAUCCUCACUUUUCAAAGAAAUACA